UUUUUUUUUAGCUCCCUUAUCCUCAUCAGAAGCUGAUACAUUUUAUCGGGCCUUGCUUGAAGCAAAUAUGGCGACCGAAGUUGGAUUGAUAGCACUUGAUGUCUUAGGUCUUUACUCAUUGCAUAUGAAAGAACAGUUGCUAUAUCGAGAAGGGGAUAAUCUUCUCAUGAAAAAGAUAUUUGAUAUUUAUGUAUCUUUUUUACAAGUUGGACAGUCUGAGAAAAUGUUCAAGCAUUUAUUUGCUGCUCUCCGAGCUUUCAUUAACAAGUUCCCUAUUGCCUUAUUUCAAGGAAAUGCAAUUUUAUGUGGCAAGUUAUGUUUUGAGUUAUUACGCUGUUGCAAUUCAAAAUUGCAAACAGUUAGAAAUGAAGCCUGUGCCCUCCUUUAUCUCUUAAUGCGGAGCAAUUUUGAAUUUUCUGGCAGAAAGGAAUUAACUCGAGUCCAUUUGCAGCUAAUUGUAUCUGUAUCACGUCUUUUGGGUGAUGUAGUUGGUUUGAAUAAUGCAAGACUUCAGGAAAGUUUAUCUGUGAUUAAUAAUUAUGCAAAUAGUGACAAAGCCAUGCAAAACACUGUUUUCCCUUCGGAAGUAAAAGAUUUAACAAAGCGCAUUAGAACUGUUUUGAUGGCUACUAUGCAGAUGAAGGAACAUGAAAAUGAUCCUGAAAUGUUGGUAGAUUUACAGCAUCAACUGGCAACUAGUUAUGCAUCCACACCAGCUUUACGCAAAACAUGGCUGGAAAGCAUGGCAAAAAAUCACUUGAAAAAUGGGGACUAUUCAGAAGCUGCACAUUGUUAUAUACACAUAGCUGCAAUGGAGGCUGAGUAUUUAAAACAAAAAUGCAUGUUUUCUGAAGGAUGCAGUGCUUUUAAAUCAAUUUCUACUAACGUUGAACAAGAUGAAUCAAAUCUGAAAGAGGAUUCUGGCAUGCAUGAUAUUGAAUAUUCUCAGGAGACUUUAUUGAAAAGUUUAGAAAAGUGUGUGAAAAUGCUGGAGCAAGCUGAAAGGUAUGAAGUUAUGCCAGAAGUAUAUAAAUUAAUCAUACCUAUUUAUGAAGAACAACGAAAUUAUGAAGCUCUUUUAUUGUGUUAUAAAACACUUCAUAAUGCGUAUGCAAAAAUUGUUGACGUAAAUAGGACUGGUCGUAGGCUGUUAGGAAAAUAUUACCGUGUAGCUUUCUUUGGCCAAGCAUAUUUUGUUGAAGAAGCUGGAAAAGAGUACAUUUAUAAAGAGCCAAAAGUCACAUCACUUGCAGAAAUAUCUGAGCGACUUUAUCAUUUGUUUUGUGAUAAAUUUGGUAAAGAUGUGGUUAGAAUGAUUAUGGAUUCUAAUAAGGUCAAUCCUAAAGAUUUGGAAUCGAAGUAUGCAUACAUUCAAGUAACCCAUGUUGUGCCUUAUUUUGAUGAAGAUGAAUUGCGGCUGAGACCUACAGAGUUUGAAUGUAAUAAUAAUUUGCGAAGAUUCAUGUUUGAAACUCCAUUCACAGUAGACAGUAACAAAGUUCGAGGCUUACCUGAAGAACAGUGUAAGAGGAGGACAAUUUUAACCACUUUGUAUUCAUUCCCUUAUGUGAAAAAGAGGAUUCCUGUAUGUUUAAAAAGUGUUCAAAUUUUAAGUCCCAUUGAAGUAGCAAUUGAUGAAAUGCAAGCUCGUAUUUGUGAACUGGAAGAAGUUGUACGGUUGCAACCAACUGAUUUGAAGAAAUUGCAGCUGAAAUUACAAGGAAGUAUUAGUGUGCAGGUUAAUGCAGGGCCACUAGCUUAUGCUAGUGCAUUUCUUGAAGGAAAGAAACCUGAAAAAUAUCCAACAGACAAAAUUAUGUCACUGAAGGAAGUAUAUAGAAAAUUCAUAAAAAUCUGCCAAGAAGCAUUGGAAUUGAAUGGAAGAAUCAUUACAUCUGACCAAUAUGAAUACCACACAUCUUUGAAGAAGAACUUUCAAGAAUUUGUGGAUUCAUUGUCAGGAAUGUUGCAUGAAAAGAUGUGCUAUCAAGAAAAAGAUGUGCUCUCACUCAAAAGAACAUCAUUAGAUGUUUUCAAUUACAUCAGUGGAUCACCUGGUUCUAGCAAUGCAUAACAUUUUAUAAGAAUAUGUUUUUCUAGAUUUAUCUUAUAAAUUACUUUUUAGGACUAAGAAAGUCAGCCAAAUGAAGUGCCUUUGUAAUGCAAAGGGCAUUAGUUUUUAAUCAUGGCAAGGCACUGCAAAAAGAACUGUUAAAUGUCAUUUUUUUAAAUUCCCAUGUACUUUUAUGUUUACUCACUUCAUGACAGCAAUUAGGUGUGCAAUGUGUAAUAUAGUUGAUUUAAUUUAAACAUUUCAUUAAAAUGCAUCACUAAUAUAUUUUUAUGUACAGAUAUACAGCAUUUCCAACACAUAAUAGCUAUAUAAAGCUUUGUUUUGUAACUAUGUAGAAAGUGUACAGAAUACAAGGUAUUUUCAUGCAAACUAUCACGGUGCUAUUUUUUUCCCUUCCUGGCAUAAUAUUUCUUGUCAGCUUAUGUUUUUCAAUUUUCAGCUGUUUCUUUGGUAAUCCAAAGUUUCUUAAGUAAGGCAUCAUAUUUUUUUAUAAACUGUCAAUCUCUGUAUAGUGAGAAUAUAAAUUGAUGUUUUACGUUGUUAUUGCAUUUAUGUGCAUUUCUGUAAUCACAUUUAAUGUGCAUUUCUGUAAUUGCUUGUUUUUUUAUAGCAUGUGAUAUUUUCUGUUGAAACUUAUUGUAAGAAAUUUCAUUUAAAUCUGCCAUAAAUCUUUGUUUUUUAUAGUUGUUAAGGUCAAUAUAAUUUAAAUACUAUUUAUAAAAAAACUUUAUAAAAAUUGUACUGAACAAUGUAAAUAAAAUGAU